AUGGCUGCUAGAGUUGUAAAUGAUUCAACCAGACUGGAGCAUAGGGAGAAUCAGCUUCAACAGCACCUAGCUAGGGUACUUGAAGAAGAAGAACUCCUUUGGUUUCAAAAGUCUAUGCAACAAUGGAUUGUAGAUGGUAAUAGAAACACAAAAUUCUAUUAUCUCAAUACAAUUGUUCGAAGGAAUCAUAACAAAAUUACUAGAUUAAAAAAUGAUGCCAAUAUUUGGAUUGAGGAUCAAGAAGAUUUGAAGGUUUUGACCUGUGAAUUUUAUAAGAGGAUUUUCACAAAGGAAAAUUUUAAUAGGAGAUGGUUGUCUUCACAAUAUCUCUGGUCUGUUUUAAAUACAGAGGAAUUGAGAAUGCUUGCUAAGACCCCCAGUCAGGAUGAGAUUAAAAGAAAUCUGUUUGACAUGGGCCAUCAUAAAGCUCUCGGUGUUGAUGGGUUCCCAGCUUUUUUCUUUCAAGAAAAUUGGGAUAGAAUGAAGGAUCAAAUUUCUAAGCAUAUAACCGUUUUGUGGGAUAAUCCGGAUCUGUUAGCUACUAUAAAUUCCACCUUAUUGGUCCUUGUUGGGUGGUCUGCUGAUGGUGGAAAAAGAUAA